GCUCCAGCGCGGAUCUCAAAGAAGUCUCUAGUCGAAAUGAAACCUUAUUCAUCGAGAAAGUUGUCGAAAUGUUCAAUGUUUCUUGCCGGCGCUCUUCUUGUAGCUCUCGUUAUAAUUGUUUUAUUACUAUUGCGGAGUCCAUCAUAUGUGUACGGACAAUUGGCGCCGUUAUCGACGUCGGAUAGUCGAAUAUCGAUCGAUGAGACGUCUUUGAGACCGUUACCAUUAGUGAUUAGUCUAGGACAACGUGUAGAAGCUGAUAUACUGCCGCAACAUAUGAUAACUACCGAGUUAUUCAUCGCACGCGCAGGUCGUGUUGUGUUUAACGUGACUGUGGGCGCUGGUACGCGGAUGGUACUGCUGGGUCGGCAUGGAGUCAUCCCGUCACUGUCACUACAUGACUUCUACCAUCCGAUUAGGGCUGAUAGACUUGCGCAACCUAGUCCGAGUCAUAGCAUUGAUACCGUACGACAUAAACGAGAAACAAUAGCAGAGAUACUGGCUCCGAAAUAUGCCAUUUUUGAACACUUUCUCGUUGAUGGACUUUGGUAUUUAAGCUUAAUUAAUGAGCGAAAUCGGGUGGAGCCGAUCAGCCUGAUUGCGUCUAUGCUGAUAGCUCCGUCUGAUGGAUCUGCCGACGGCUCGGAUUUUCCGUUAGUACGAUGUGAAGCCGAAUGUAAUGGUCAUGGUGAAUGCCUUCCUGGUGGACGAUGCCGCUGUACUUCUGGAUACACAGGAGAGGCUUGCGAGGAACCCAUCUGUCCCGUGGUCUGUAGCGGUAACGGCGUGUUCUCAGGAGGUGCGUGUGUGUGUCGGCCUGGAUUUAAAGGAAAGGAAUGUGAUGUGCAUGCGCAUUGGUGCGAAAUCGCUGACUGUAGCGGACACGGGCGAUGUGGCGACGAAGGAAUGUGUCAUUGUGAUAGAGGUUGGACUGGAGACGGUUGUGAAUUGCGUGCGUGUCCGCAGCCAACAUGUUCGGACCAUGGUGUCUGUGUAGAUGGACGUUGUUACUGUGCCGAAGGAUGGAAAGGAGAGAAUUGUUCUAUAAGGUUUCUCGACGUUUUUUGUACUGUGCAUUUAACCCUUUUUUUAACCAAAUUUGUCCUAAGUAAUGAAUUUGCCUCUUGUCCUCAUAUUGAUUGCAGUGAAGUUUGUCCUACCUGUGAACACGGUGUUUGUAUCGCUGGUCGUUGUAUAUGCGACUCAGGUUGGAGAGGAGAUUUGUGUGACCAGGCUGAGUGCCCCAUUGGUUGUGCUGAGCAUGGGAAGUGUCUGCAGAACGGUAGUUGCUCUUGUGAUAAAGGCUGGAAUGGCGGGAAUUGCUAUAUCGACGGAUGCCCAUUGUCGUGUUCCCACCAUGGUGAGUGUCGCUGGGGUUCGUUACCAGGCAGUGCUCCGGAUGGAUGGCGCUGUGAAUGCCAGCCGUCUUUUGUCGGAGAGGACUGUGCAGUGCCAGUGGAGACAGAUUGCCAAGAUGGAUUGGAUAACGAUAACGAUGGCUUAGUUGACUGUGAUGAUCCGGAGUGCUGCGCAUCGUCGGAGUGUUCUCGAGAGGCGGUCUGUGCCGCUGUACCAGCACCGGUUGACGUAUUACUGCGACUACCAUCAGUACAAAACGCCAAUUUUUUCCAGCGUGUUUCUUUCAUCAUUCGAAACGACUCUGUCCAAAGCUAUUCAGAUCAUUCCCAAUUUAAUGGAAGCAUCAUAUCAGUAAUUCGUGGUCGUGUCGUUUGGAACGGCGGAGCAAGCACUGAAAGCUCGAGUACCGUUGCACUGCCAGGAGUCAGGGUCUCUGAUGCGGUGAACCCUUUGUAUGGCUUCACACUUACUCGUCUCGAUGGGGAGUUCGAUCUGCUUGUGAACGGGGGUCGUACUGUGAAUCUGCAGUUUUUGAGAAGCCCAUUCCAGGUUUGUAAUCAAUACAUCUUUCACAAAUUUAAAAGUGAAAUAUUUGGAUGCAGCAUGAACUGUGCACAUUUCCUUUCCUCAAACUGUGCGCGACCAGAGUGUUUAGUGGCGAACCGAGUACUGCCGAAUCCUGUACUUCGUCCUGAUUGGACUAUCUCCACUGAUGGUGUUCCCAUUUCUGCUGGGACGGCGAAACUUUUAGUCGACACGAGAAGUAUCAUUCACAGUCUUCCUGUACCUGGCUCGUCGAUUCGUCUUGUUUAUGACUCGAACAGAGUAUCGGCUUCGAAGUCCACUCUCGUUAUGGGGCUUCUUCGUGAUGAACUGGACCGCGAUGUUCGACUUGUACAUGUAGUCGUGGAUAUUGCUGGAAGAACAUUUAAGAAAAGACUGGUACCACGUGAAAAUUUGACGUAUGUGUGGUCAUGGGAUAAACUCAACGUUUACCGACAAAGCGAUCAUGGAAUGGUUGCAGCUAAUGUCCGGAUCGGUUAUGAAUAUCGCGGAUGCACCAGGACGUCGGAGAUUGCAUGGAUCAGUCGUCGCGUGCACAUGGAAGGUGCCCGAACACGUCGCCUUGAAGGUGGAGCUUGGAGUGUUGAUAUCCACCACUAUUUGGAUGUUAUCAAUGGCGUCCUUGAAAUGGGUAAUGGUGGACGACGGUUCAUCGCGAAUAACGUGCCGAACAUGGAGUUGUUGGUGGGCACUGGCAAACGUCGCAGGCUUGAUUGUGAGAAUUGUAAUGGAGUAGCUAGUGAGAGUGCACUUUUUCGCCCAUCCACUCUAGCCCAUGGACUAGAUGGAAGCCUCUUUAUAGGUGAUCACAAUUUUGUGAGGCGCUUGAAACCCGACGGGCAAAUCCUGAGCGUGUUAUCACUAAGCCUUCCGGACACCACCUAUCCUUACUACUUGGCGGUUAGUCCAAUAGAUGGUUCUUUAGCCAUAUCUCUUCCGUUGCAUAAGCAAAUAUGGAAAAUUACUUCUCAUUCGCCAACAGACCCAACAUCAAAUCAUGAGGUAUUGGCUGGAGAUGGUACAGCUUGUCCUUCAGCGGCAGACGCUUGUGGUGACGGUGGUCCAGCCAUCGAUGCCCAGCUGUUCUUUCCGAAAGGCCUUGCUUAUGAUGCUGAAGGAGAUUUGUAUGUAACCGACGGACGUCGUUUGAGAGUGAUUGACGCGUCAGGAAAUAUUCGCUCUAUUGGCGAUUCAUCAUACGACCAUGUACCAUCAUGCGACCGGACAUUCUAUUACACAAACGAAGUUUUUCACUUGCAGCUCCAUUGGCCCACAUCGCUUUCAGUACAUUUACCAACUGGUUAUAUAUUUGUAUUGGACUCAAAUGUCGUUUAUCAGAUUGAUCGCCAACAAGACAUGGCUGAGAUAAUAAUUGCUUUAGGUGCUUUAACGACCUGCCAGAACUCCUCGCGAUAUAUAAUGCGGCAUGCUCGUGAUAUCGCGGUGGACACUCACGGAUCGCUUUAUGUACUAGAAUCAGACGGGAAAAAGUUGAAUCAGAUUCGUCGUCUUUCCGCUGACCGAAUGAUCUUCUCCGUGUUUGCUGGUCAGAAGACGACGUGCUCGUGCGACAACGCGGCGUGUGGUUGCGACGACGCAGCGACACCAACGGCGAUGAUUUCGGCGAAAAUGACACUCUUCAAUGCUCCGUUGGCCGUUAGUGUGGACGCUGUUGGUCAUGUCUAUGUGGCGGAUACGGGUAAUCUGAAAGUGAAGCGAAUCGUAGCGAGAACUGCACGGUACGAUACCGUUACGCGUCAAUAUCAUGUAGUUGACGGUGAUAGAAAUGAGCUCUUCCUGUUCAACCGUUAUGGCCUUCAUACAUCAACUCAGUCAUUGGUCACGGGGGCAGUGCUGUAUAAUUUUACUUAUAAUGUGGACACCAGCCUUGGACAGCUCACUUCCAUACAAGGAGCUGGGGGCUAUCUGUUGCGAUUCAUACGCCUAAAUGAUUCCCACUGUACAAUUGAAGCUCCAUCCGGACAAAGAACCAUGAUGGUGACGAGCAUUUAUGAUGGGGUUAUCGAGAGCAUGCAAACUGGAACGGCAGAUCCUGUGCGUUUGAACUAUCUUCCCGGUGGUUUGCUAAUUUCUCGGACGCAAGGCGGCUCCAGUUCUGUUUUUGAGUAUAACGAUAGAGGGCAAGCAGUGGCUAUACGAAGAGAUGGCGAGGAAUUUCGCCUGGCCGAUGAACAGGUUUGA